ACAGUAAGCAUCAAUCAAGAAGUUAGGAACACGGAAAAAUCGUAGGAUAACUUACUGGGUUCGAAGCUACCGAGUCGCUGAACAGAGCCACCGUCGAGUCUGGAGGGAGAGGGACAGGAUUAUCUGCUGGAGUCUGGAAAAGAGCCCGGGGGUAGUCCGAGCCGCUGUGUUGCAGGGCAGAGCCACGGCCCCAGUCGGGGGUAGAGAGCGAGAGCGAGAGCGAGAGAGAGAGAGCAGCGCCGCCGGUUCAGUCGGGAGGAGAAAGAGCGAGAGAGGAGAGGAAAAUCCCUCUUUACUCGCCGCCUAACCCGAGCCGUAGUCCCUAGUGUUUCUUCCUUCUGGCUUUCUUACAUCACAAAUGCGAGAAUAAUAAAUUACUGCGGACCUACAAUCUGCCUCCGCCCUCAGUCUCACACGAAUUACGGUCACCAGCAAUCAGCCAAGUUUCUCAAACCUGAACUUUUCCGAAGAAAAAUUUCGUAGAGAAAUGAACGAAAGAAGUAAAAUGAAGUAUGGUCUGCAAAUUAGGGUUCAGUCAUCUCAAAAGAAGCAGAUUCCUACAAAGGCACCCCUUCCCACUUCUCUUGGAUUUCGUGAUGAUGAUGAGGAUGAUGUUGAAAAGGAGAUUUCUCGUCAUGCUAGCAAGAACAAGGUUCUUAAGGAUAUUGAGGAGCAGCAUAAAAAAGCACUAGAAGAGGAUCCCUCGGUAUUUGAUUAUGAUGGAGUUUAUGAUGAAAUGAAAGAGAAAGAACUUGGCCCACGAGCACAGGAUCGUCAAGAGAGAAAGUCAAAAUAUAUUCAUGCAAUGAUGAACAAAAGCAAAGAACGAGAGCGUCUUAAUGAGAUAGUAUAUGAAAGGAAUCUUGCUAAAGAGAGAAGCAAAGAAGACCACCUCUAUGCAGAAAAGGACAAGUUUGUCACAAGUGCUUACAAAAAGAAACUUGCAGAGCAGGCAAAGUGGUUGGAGGAAGAGCGUUUGCGUGAACUUCGAGAUAAAAAAGAUGAUGUUACAAAGAAGAGUGACAUGAGUGAUUUUUACUUCAAUCUUUCAAAAAAUGUCGCUUUUGGUGCAAAAGAUGCAGAGUUGAGGAAGUCCAAGGAGCAAGAAGUAUCUAUACAUGUAUCAGAAAAAGGAAGUUCAUUGACCAACACGCCUUUGAAGUCGUCUAUUGUAAAAGAGAAGCAUCAAGGUGAGAGUUCCAGUGGUUUGAAGGAAACCGCUGUGCCCUUCGAUGCGAAGCCAGCUUCUGCCACCUUGGAUUCUGUACAAGAAAACAUUGUUGCUGAACAAGAACCAGCCGAUCAACCGAAACAUGAUCAUCAUAAAAGAAGCGAAGAUCAAGUGGCUGCAGCCAAAGAACGCUUUCUUGCACGGAAGCGGGCAAAGGUACAAUAAAUAAAUGGUUCCCCAAUUAAAAAGAGAGAAGUGAACAUCUUGUAUUAUAUUGCGUUCUUCAUAUAUGUUUUAUACGUGUAUGAAGAGGUCUUUAAAUGAAGCAAUGAAACUUGUUAGAUAAUUUUGGUUCAAUAGGAAAGUGUUGUCGCAGCAUCUAGGCACAUUGGCAAAUUCAAUUGCAAAUCAAGGAAUUGGAAAUUUGAAAUGCUGAAA